UCCUCAGGUUUUGCAACUCAACUGCGUUUCAGAUGCUUUGGGGUUCUUCUGCGGUGCCUCACCUCAACCAACACCUUGUGUUGUAAGCGUUCAUCAGUCGUUGCCUUUUUGGUCUCUCCUUCCUGAUAAAUCUAAUUUCUCAACUUAUCAAUUGGGAAAUUAGGGUUUCAUAUCUAUUUAUUUCCACCCCCUCAAUUUUAGGGUUUCUUGAGCCCUAUUUUCACUAUGCUAAUUCCAAGACUAGCUAGAGUCGGAGCUUCGAUAGCCAAACACGUCUGCACAAGGAAUUAUACAUCCAUUUGUGGAGCAGGAUAUUUUCGAAGUUCCAGAAGUCAUCACCUGCAACCUCCUUUUCAACAGCAUUCAUUUACUAAGUUAUACGAGGGAGCCAUGAUUGUAAAGCAGAAUUUACUCUCAACUUUGACUACUAACAACACUUCUAAGGAUGAGAGUGAACAAGAAGAAACGAUAUCUGUGACUUUUGUUGAUAAGGAUGGUGAGGAAAAACAUAUCAAAGUCCCUGUUGGUAUGUCUAUGUUAGAAGCUGCUCAUGAAAACGACAUUGAACUUGAAGGAGCAUGUGAGGGCUCACUUGCGUGUUCAACUUGCCAUGUUAUAGUCAUGGAUGUAGAACAUUAUAAUAAAUUGGAAGAUCCAACUGACGAGGAAAAUGACAUGUUGGAUCUAGCUUUUGGACUUACCGAAACAUCACGUCUGGGUUGCCAAGUGAUUGCUACACCUGAUCUUGAUGGAAUUCGUUUAGCUAUUCCUGCUGCCACUAGGAACUUCGCUGUUGAUGGUUUUGUGCCAAAACCACAUUAGUCGUGGCUGGAAAAAUUUUGGGUUCAAUGCAAAGAAUGCAGCUAUGUCAGUUUUGUAGCUUCAUACUGAGUUUAGAUUAAUGGGCAUUUAUUGAUCUUGGGCAUUAUUUUUGUAUUGAGUUUUUUUUUCUGGGCACCGAUCUCCUCUGUAUUACAAAUCAGGGAGAUCAUGAUGGAACUUUGCUGGCUGCAUUUGCUCGCCAAUAAAUUACUUGUACUGUAUUAUUUUAUUUAACCAGUUAUUUCUGGCUAAACACCUAUAUCCCUAAAUAAAUAAAACAAGAAAAGGGAGGAGGACUGGAAUA